UGGUCAUGCAACGUACUUUGAUACGUUUCUGCGUUUGCAGCUGGCAAAUUCAAACUAUUUUAUAGCGAAUAAGACAUAAUAUGUCAUUUAGGUAACACUAGAAAUGUUAUUUAUUUGGUGCUUGGUCUUAUUGUACGCCGAKAGUGUGACAUCUAGCGAUGCGUACACGAAUAUUUGGGCCGUCAAGMUGCACGGCGACCUCCACGACGCAAAGGAGUUGGCUGACAAGCAUGGCUUCGUGUUGCAUAAACAUCUUCUUGAAGACUACUACACCUUUAUAAAACCUGAAUUGAAGCAGAGAUCAGAGAAGACAAUCAUAUCAACAGACAUUGACAGAAACCUGACUUUGGAAGCAAAGAUUGAGUGGUUCCAGCAACAGAAGGAGAAAAAAUACCAGCUUCUAUCAAUCAGUUUUAAUGAUAAGCAAUAUCAUGAACAGUGGUAUUUUAACAGAAAAUAUGGUGCAACAUACGACAUCACAUCUGUUUGGGAGCAAGGCUACACAGGACAGGGAAUUGUAGUUGCAGUGGUUGAUGACGGUGUGAAUGGGAAGCAUCCUGAACUAUCCAAAAACUAUAUUUCUUCUGCCAGCUAUGAUUUCCUGGACAAUGAUCCCAUWCCAGAACCAAGUGGAAAAACAGUAUCAGGACAUGGCAACAAUUGUGCAGGUGUUAUUGCUGGUGUUGCCAAUAAUACACUGUGUGGUGUUGGAAUAGCAUACAAUGCUAAAAUUGCAGGAAUUCGUCUCUUUGAUGAAAAUAUCAAAUCAACUGAUGCUACAGAAUCCCAAGCCUUGGUCUACAAGCUGGACGAAGUGGACAUCUAUUCUAAUAGCUGGGGUCCUGGGGACAUGGGAUGGCAGGUAGAAGGUCCUGGAACAUUAACCAGUGCAGCUCUCAAACGUGGAGUAGAAAAGGGCCGUAAUGGUUUGGGUGCGAUCUACACAUUUGCAGCUGGUAAUGGCGGUAUAACCCAGGACAGCUGUGCCUAUAAUGGUUAUGUUAACAGUAUCUACACUAUCGCCAUCAACGGUGUYAACGAAGAUGGUUCAAACCCUACUUAUGCAGAAGAGUGUCCUAGUAUCAUGGCAACGGCUUACAGCCGAGACACACUAAGAAAAAUUGGAAAAGUUAUAACUGCAGACAAAGUGUCAGGUUGUGUAGAUGAUUUUGGAGCCUCUUCUGCUGCUGCAGCUAUGGCAUCUGGUCUCAUCGCUCUCACUCUUCAAGCAAAUCCCAACCUAACCUGGCGUGAUGUGCAGCAUAUUAUCGUGACAACUUCGAGAUCAGCACCAGGAGAAAAUGAACUUCAGCGUGGAGAUUGGCAAACUAACAAGGCCGGAUUUAGAGUCAGUAAAUUCUAUGGGUUUGGUUUAAUGGACGCUGGACGGAUGGUUCACAUUGCCAAACAAUGGAAAACARUUCCUCYUCAACUAACAUGUGAGAUAAAAGGAAGUGACAUAAAGAGGAAAAUCCCGUCCAGUGUGUCGGUAACUGUCGCURACUGUGACAUCAAGUAUCUGGAACAUGUGCAGAUUAAAGUCGAUCUUGAAUUCAGUCGCCGAGGAGAUCUGGGACUAGAACUAAAAUCACCAUCUGGUACCAGUUCCCCUCUUACACGACGACGCCAAGUUGACAACUUGACAGGUUAUAAAAACCUGACAAACUGGUUUAUUACAACGCUCUUCAAUUGGGGAGAGGAUYCUGCUGGGAAAUGGACAUUAACGAUUGAAAAUUUAGAUUCGGACUACAAUAGUGAUGGUACCUUGUUUAGCUGGUCGUUGAUAUUGUAUGGAACGGAUCAACGUCCCUCAAACUACACACCAAAAGUGACCCCAACAACUACUACUCCUGUCGAACCAGCGACUACGACGCCAGGGCCAACAAAUUCGACAAUGCUACCUUCGACAGAUCGCCCAUGGUGCACUUCGUCGAAGCAAACGUGACGUCACAGUGCACAAGAUCGUUUUGUGAUCUAAUUCUAAAUAUCUGUCUAUGCAAGAUUUUAAAAGACAGCGUAUAACAAGAUUUAUUGACUGUCGCGCUUUAUUUAAAUGCAUCGCAAAUAUGCGAUUAUAGUCAAACAUUUUUUUACAAUGCGAAUAAUGGYUAUAUUUAUCUGGAGUYUUAAGCUCCAAACGAAACAGUUUUAUGCUAUUGACAUUGUUGCUGUGGUUUUUAUGUCCUUAAAWCUGAACGUCGACUUCUAUCUUUAAAAAAAAAAUGUUGUCAGUACAGACUUGAAGCUUAUCACUGAAAUAUUUAUGUAAUUUUCACUAAAAACUAUUUUAAGUGCAUGAUAUGAAAUACAAGKGAAACGUUGAUUAUUUGACGGAAUAUUUGAAAUCAUUGUAUAACACGKUAUUUUUAUGACACUCGAGAUAUCAGAUAUAGAUUUUUCAUUUCUAUCAGUAAAGGCUAUAAGAGUGGAAGGGCGACUGUGUGACCCAAAUGUACUCUKGGUAUUAAAAUAAUCUCACGUAUAUGCAUAAAAACACGAACAAAACAAACAAUCAUCACAGUUUAUUAUUGAACCAGCAGUUUGCCUUUGAUAGGUAAAUAUUGYCUGCAAUAAUCAAUACCCAUAGUACCUGUCGGUCGUCCCUGAAGACCAUCUUUGAAAUAGCUAUAAUUACUGUAGUACAUAAUGACGUCAAAUCUAAAGGAUUAUGGGGAAAAAGAUGAUGAAACAAAGACAAAGCUGCAAAGUUCACAACACUUCUGAAGAAUGGACAGACCUAGCUCGGCUAUCGUUUAUGAUAUUUAAGUGAAUCUAGUUUCAUCUUUUUAAUCGUCGCUUGACGUCAUUAUGCAACAGCACUAUUGACAAUUUAACUGACUGCCUUGCGCAGCACAAAAAGACAUAGAUUUACUAAAUAUUUUAUAAUUUUCAAAACUUUGAUAUAGUUAUAAAAUGUAUAACAUUAUUAUCGUAUAUUUUAUUUAAUCCUGUGUACUCCUACCGGAGCAUAAGGCCUAUUAACUAAUAACUUAGUACGUGGUAUAACCACAGGUUAUAUAGAGCGGAUUUUCGUAUGAGUGGGAAACGGACRGUACYGUACUGUGACCGUAAUCGUACUGUAACCAAAUUCUAGUGCCCCAUUGGYUCACAAAAAUUGUGYAGGCCAAGUCCGGUAACUGUGCGGUAACCGUGCGGUAAUUUCUACCGUACGUUUCCACUCAUAKGAAAUUGACUCUAGUAAUGUACGAUGUUUGUCUAAUGUAAGACAUUGAUCAGCAUCGAUCAGUAAAGUGAACAUCAAAUCAGGA